CUUAAGCAGUGGCACAGUUCAGACGUCCCUUCUUUCCUUAGCUGGGUUCGCAUCCAAACAGACUCUUUACACACGAGGGAGUCCACAAGGAGACCUCCGUGAAUGAGGCAAAUUCCCAUACCGGUUCCCAGCAGAGACACAUUGUAGAAGGCGGCAGUACAGACGGGCAGGCAGAGAGAGAGGAGGGAAACCCCUUUCACGUUGCUCUAUACAUUAUUGUGCUUCAAUUGUAAUUUAAGCAUUUUUUUUCUAAGCAGGAAAAAAAAAAAAAAAAAAAAAAAUCCUGUAUAUAACUACGUUGCUUUCCUUGGCAGAAGACGGAAGGUAAUUUUUUUUUUCGUGGAUAUGAAAUGUAUUGUGCUGGCUCUCCAGUAAACCCAGCUGAUAUUACCUAUGUAUAUUCUACGGAGGACAAUAAAGGGAAGAUGCAUUAGGGAUUCUUUCUACAUCUUUUCAACUUGUUAAUGCGGGAAUGGAGAUCGAAUGUGAAAGCUCUGAACACGCGCAGAAGAGAGACCUGGAGCACCGCAUGUAGAGACCCGCCCCUCGGAUCUAUAGUCAAAGCGCAGAGCUCUGAGCGUAGCCAUGCCAGAAGAAUCUAAUAAAGACAUCAUGAGAAUUCAAAAGGAUCCAGAAAGACUAGGAAUGGAAAAGACUAAUAACAACGACUGCUUGGUCACCAACGUCCCCCUGGUCAAUGAAGUCCAGCUGACCGCUGCCACUGGUGGCGCCGAGCUCUCUUGCUAUCGGUGCACUGUGCCCUUUGGGGUGGUCAUUCUCAUAGCCGGGAUCGUGGUCACUGCUGUGGCCUACAGCUUCAAUUCACACGGAUCUAUCAUCUCGGUCAUCGGGCUUGUCCUCCUGUCCACUGGACUCCUCCUGCUGGCCUCCAGCGCUUUGUGCUGGAAGAUCAGGCAGAUGAGAAAGAGAGACCAGAGGAGAGAGAGCCAGACAGCUUUAAUGGCAAGCCAGAGAAGCAGCUUUGCUUAAAAUCAGUGGUGUGUAGCAGGGAAUUGAUUGAGGGAGGAGGGAGGGAGUGGGGAGGACUGAAGACCACUAUUGAGUUUGUGAGGUCAGUCAGGCGAUGCACAGCAUGGCUCCAGCUGCACUUCCGUGCAGUUUCCAGGAUUCUUGGAAGUACAGUUUGCAGAUUGUUCAUCCAAUCCCAUGAAAGCCGGUAGAGGGUUUUCAGAAAUAUCUUUUGUUCUUCCAGAUUGCAGCUAAAAGCAUUCAGCCCCACAGAGGACCUCCUUUUAUUGUGCUUUUAUGAGUUUUUUAAAAUUCUGAAAUAAAUUGCCAACAUAUGGAUG